AUGCUUCCUAAAUUCACAAAAGCAUUCCGUGGGGCGGAAGAAGACCUCGAAAAGGCGCCCCGUGUGAACAAUGGCUCCGAAACAAAUAGCAAUGAGCAAUACGAUACCGCUAGCGACAAUGCUGUGCCCGGCGAGAGCUUCGAGUACGGCAAUUCCACCUACGCCAAGAUCCAGCGCUUCGCCGGAAAGUUCAACAUCGAACAGCGUGGUGUCGAACGCGUCCCGGAUUCCGAGCGAAACGAUGACUCGUUCCUCAACAUUGGCAGCAUGUGGUUGGCCGCAAACAUGGUAGUCAGUUCCUUUGCCAUUGGUGUUCUUGGAAAGUCCGCUUUCGACAUGGGCUUCCUCGAUGCUAUCCUAGUGUGCCUCUUUUUCAACCUCCUCGGUGUGAUGACCGUAUGCUUCUUCUCGUGCUUCGGUCCCGCAUUUGGUCUGCGCCAGAUGGUGCUGUCACGAUUCUGGUUUGGAUGGUGGGCUGUGAAAUUCAUCGCCGUCCUCAACGUCAUCGCAUGUGUCGGUUGGUCCGCUGCCAACGCCAUCGUCGGCGCGCAGCUCCUCAACGCCGUCAACGGCGACGUCCCCGGAUUCGCCGGUAUCCUGAUCAUCACCUUCUGCACACUCUUCAUCACCUUCGCCGGAUAUAAGUUCGUGCACGCCUAUGAGUACUGGAGCUGGAUCCCGACCUGCAUCGUGUUCUUCAUCGUGCUAGGCAUGUUCGCGCACUCAGGCGACUUCGUCAACAUCCCCAUGGGCGUGGGAAAAUCCGAAAUGGGCUCCUGCCUCUCUUUCGGCUCAACCGUCUACGGCUUCGCAACUGGCUGGACCAGCUACGCAGCCGACUACACCGUCUACCAGCCCAAGACGCAAAGCCGGCGUCUGGUCUUUUUCUCCGCCUGGCUGGGCCUGAUCGUCCCACUGAUCUUCACCCAAUUCCUCGGCAUCGCCGUCAUGUCCGCGACUGAUAUCGGCGACGGCGUCCACAACAAGUACAUGGAAGGCUUCCAGGCAUCCUCUAACGGCGGCCUGCUGGCAGCUGUGCUCGAUCCUCUGGGCGGCUUUGGAAAAUUCUGCCUCGUUGUUCUCGCUCUGUCCAUUAUCGCAAACAACUGCCCCAACAUCUACUCUGUCUCCCUGACCCUGCAGGUCCUGGGCCGGGUCACCCAGCGCGUGCCCCGCUUUAUCUGGACUUUCCUCGCCUCGUGUGUCUCCCUCGCGAUCGCCAUUCCGGGCUACUCGCACUUCGAAGUCGUCCUUGAGAACUUCAUGAAUCUUAUCGCGUACUGGCUGGCCAUUUACUCUGGCAUUGCGAUCGCCGAUCACUUCAUCUUCCGUCGUGGGUUUGCCGGCUACCGUCCCGAAGAUUACGACAAGGCUGAUAAGCUGCCUGUCGGCAUUGCUGCCUCGGUUGCCUUCGCCUUUGGCGUUGCUGGUGUUGUUGUGGGAAUGAGCCAAUCGUGGUGGACUGGUCCUAUUGCAAAGCAUGCUAGUGGUGGUGAUGUUGGCUUCGAGCUUGGCUUUGCAUUUGCUUCUACGACGUAUUGCGUCUUCCGACCGAUCGAGAUUCGUUACUUUGGCCGGUAG